AUGAGGCUUGCGCAGGCCUUUCGCGGCGGCGAGACAGAGAUGGAAGGGGGAGGAGAAUCGGGCCCUCGCUGGGUGUCGUCUUGCAGUAGCCCGCGAAUGGCGAGUCAGGAGGCGAGGCCUUCCCGGUCGACAGACGCGGUGAACCAGGACAAAGAGGGCAGCAAACGUAGAGCACGGGGCUACGAGAAAGGCACAGCAGGACAAAACGCCGGGCGAGAGGAAACGUCCGAAGGAGGAAAGGGAGAACUCGCUGUUUUCGAGGACAGGAACGUGAACGCAGUCGAGGCCACGAGCUGUGGUCGAGGCGUCCGUGCUUCGUCUCGAGCCCGAUCUCUCAUUUUGCUCCUUUCCUGUCUCGCCUUUCUUGCCAUUCAAGACUUCGUCGCUCCAUCUGUCCUGCAACUCGCCUCGGAGAGAAAAGCAGAUCUCUUCACCAACCAGAUAGCGCUGGCGGCGGCACACGCCACCAGUCCUGUUCGGUCGUCCACCUCGUCCCAUUCUUCUUCCGCUUCCUCCUCCCGUUCUUCCUCUUCCUCGCCUCGGUCUGCCUCGCGUGCGCCUCAGUCUUCCGCUUCCGCGUCUUUGCAUUCUUCUGAAUCAUCUUCUCAUUCGUCCACUCGUUCCUCUCCCUCGUCUGCGCGUCGUUCCUCUUCCGAUCCUCUCCCGUCUCAAAAUUCGUCUUCCUCGGCUCCGCACUCUUCUCCAUCACCUAACGCUCGGAAGCGAGCUUCGGCGUCGCGAUCUUCACGUGCUUCGUCUCGUUCAGCUGUUCCUGGGUCUUCUGAAACCACUUCUGCCGAGGAAGUGAAUGGGUUGCGAGGACGGGCGCGCGUGUGGAAGCGCCGGACAGGCGUCGGUUUGUCUUCGCGCCUUCGCGAGUUUCUCGCGGAUUCCUCCACAGCCCACGAGACAGAAGCGCAGGCAGACGCCUCUGAAGAGCUCGUCGCCAGGGCGCGUCUCCUGGGCCAGUACGCGAGGAGCCGCAGGCAGCUGCUCGAAGACCUCGAGGGGAAGACUGCUGGCAAAGAAGGGAGAGGCUCGGCACGUAUCGACGCAAACGGGAAGAUAGCAAAGGCGCGAUCAGCCGGGGGCGCGCGACAACUGAACGCGCUGACCUACAGAGAAAAAAAAGCGUUGAAAUCUGCGCUUCUCGCGGCACAACUGAGCAGGCUUCACAUGCAAAGCAUCCAGUCGGAGAGAAGCCGCUACGGGCUCGUCCGCCCGCUUCUCGACGACUCCGACGCCGCGGGUGUAUAUACAGCCAACGAGUGCGUCGCGGUCCGCUACGCAGACUAUCCGAAGGAGUUUCCAGGCUACGACACCGCCACGGCGAGUUGCAAAUGUCCCGACGGCUGGCUUCCGUGCGCCAAGGCCGACGCGACUGCGCACAUGUCAGCGUGGGAGCCUGUGAUUUGGGAAGAGAAUGCAGACGAAGGCUGCACGAAGGAACGCGGCGAAGUCAUGCUCGAACACAUGAACUUUUACUCCUGUCCACAAAAAUCCUUCGUCGACUACACCGGACCUGCAGACGCAAAAAUCCGAGACCAACAGUGCAAACGCGUCGCCUUCGUCCUCUGCCGGGCGGCCGCGUCCAGCUGCAUCACGGGGCCGUGGUCUGACUGGACCAGCUGCUCGGUUCCUUGCGGAGAAGGGUACCAGUAUCGAUGGAGAAUCCCCAUUUCUGGACCGAUGACUUCGCCGACGGGAGGGGCGACAACCCAGUCCUCCAGAGCAGCCUGUGCGCCGUACCACAUGGAAGAAAGACGCAAAUGCAACUUGGGGCCGUGUCCACCCUCUGUAACAAGCACAACGUGCUUCUGGACUACAGUUCAACUCGAAAGAACAGAAGGGGCAUUCGACGAAGAACGCGGCAGCUGCAAAUGCGGCACUGGCGACGAGAAAAUCGAUCGAGAGGAAGGUGCUAUGGUUCCCUGUACACCUGAGGAGGCAAUCGCUUCGAUGGACAACUGGAAAAGCUUCUUUCGACAGUAUUGCUAUUCUUCUCUCGGAUUGAAGCGAAGAAGCACUCUGGCUCUUCGAUUCCACUCGUAUGGACACGCCGUUAGGCUGGGCAUGCGCGAUUUGUGGCAUUUGGACUGCACGGGUGGUUGGAGUCGCUUCAAUGUUUUUGAGGGGAAAAUGUUUUGUGGCAAAGGCGCGAAAGUGCUCUGUCGCGCCGCGACGGACCACGCGCAAGUCCCCUUCUCCAUCGAGGAAAACGACGCCUCAACAAGCGACGCAGCCGCAGCCGCAAGUAAGUCAAACUCCAUGACACUCGCCCCGUCCCGAAGCUGCUCUUGUCCACGCAGAUCCAUGUGA